AUGGUAUCUUCACUUCCCCCUCUCACGCAUCACAUCACGACGAAAUUGCCCGAUGGCACUACAGCGUUCCACCAUGCUGAUCUUGAGCGCCACGAAAAAGCCCUUCAAAGCAAACCAUAUCCAUCUUUCCCAGCAGCAGGAGGUAGCGCCUGUCAUGUGCUAGAUUUCGAUCCGAACCCAGAUAACAGUCCAGGAUUUGUGCAUCGCACCAAUACCAUCGAGUACUGUUUUGUGCUGGAAGGCGAGCUUGAGUUAGCCCUUCAAAGUGGAGAGAAGAGGAUCAUAAAGCAAGGCGAAAUUGUUGUACAGAGAGUUUGCAUGCAUUCAUGGAAGAACACUAGCGAGACGAAAUGCGCAAGACUUGCUGCAGUAUCAAUUGGUAGCAAAGAGGCUACUGAGGGCGAGGUUGAGACGCCACAGGGAAAGCAAUCUAUGUAA